AUGCAUCAGCUAAAUGCAAACUAUGUCAAUUCUUACGCUAAACGAGAGAAGGCAAAAAGGUUUAUUAUGACUAAGAUAAAAAGAAGCUGUUCAAUCGACCUAAUAUCAAUUCUAUAUUCACUUCCUUCAAAAACUGCAAAUACACCAUCAUUUAGAGAAAAUUUAAACUCUAGAAAAAGAAGUUUAUCUAAUUUAGUUUCUAAACAUUUUUAAGAUUCAAAUAGAUUAUAAGAGUUUAAUAUGACUUAAAUGGAUGGUCCAAUUUAAACUAACGAUAAAUAACAGAAAUAACUUAAUGAUAGCAGUAGUAAGUCAAUGCCAUCAUAAAAUUAGUCAAAUACAAAUAGAUAAUAGGAUGAUCUAAAUAAUAAUUACGAAUAUAGAAAAGGAGAUGUAAAUUUUCGACAAUUUCAUAAAAAUUUUUAUUAGGAUGUGCUUUAAUUGGAAGCCUUAUAUUAUUAGCUUUCUUAAUUAGGGUUUCAACGAUCUGCACCUUUAUAACUCCCACCUAUUUUAAGCUACUUUUUAUAUUCUUUAAUUAUGCAUAGAGCUGAUUAAUAAAAACUUUCUCGUCAAUUUUUAGAUAUUUACGAAGAUGAUGAAUAUUAUUCCAAAUUAAGAAUGUUUUAUAGUGAAUAUUUUAAAUAAGCGUCUUUAGACACUAGCAUGCUAUUCUACAAAGUUUCUUUUUAUAGUAAUCCAUAAGAUUAUAUGGCAUUUGAGAACAUUUUAUUCAAAUAUAUUACUAAUAUGAUACCCUACCUCAAACUAGAUUAUAAAAUGCUUUUGGAUGAUUUUCUUUUAUACUUUUCAUUAUCAGGUCUUUAAUAAAAAUCAAUAGAAUGCUAUGUAACUGAUGAUAGUUUUUUUAGAAAAAAUAACAUAGCAAUUGGAAAUAUUAGAUUUGUCUUCAAAUAAAAGGAUGGAUUGCUACUUGAUUUUAAACAACCAAUAGGAAAAUUUGAAAAUAAAUAAUUUCUUGAUUAUUCUUAAUUUCAAGCUGAAUUUGCUUAAUAAUUAUCUUCAGUCGAACCUAUUAAAUUAUUUAAUUCAUAUCUUUCAGAACCCCAUAGCGAAAGGACUAUAAUUUUGUUAAUUUUGGCUGACAUAUACCUAAAUAAAUCCAUAUUUAAGAAUUUAAAUUUUGAUUUGAUUGAUUCUAAACAGAAGAAUAAUAUAAUAAGCCUAUCCUAAAUCUACUUGGAAAUAUAGAUAAAUUCUAACUAGUGA